UUGCCAGAAUGGCCGAGAUGCGAAGAAUUGCCAAGAGGUAAGGAUCGGAUAAGGCAAACGGUCGGACCAAUUAUAUAGGACGGAUUAUUUGUCGCAGAUAACAUUGUAAUUGUAUACACUGUUUACCCACGGAGCACUCAGGAGUUCUUAAGAACUCGUUGAAACGUGUCAGUGCGUUGCAGAUCGAAAAGGAAUUUGGAAGUGCUGGUUUUUAAGGAGAGGGGAAAACCAGAGUACUCGGCGAAAAAUCCUUCAGAACAAGGGAGAAAACCAGCAGCAAAAUCAACCCACAUAUGGCGUCGACGCUAGGAUUCGAAACCGGGUCACAUUGGUGGGAGGCGAGUGCUCUCACCUUUGUGCCACCCAUUGCCCCCGGAAACAACCAUUUUAUUUGCCAAGUUAAAAAGAAGUUUACAAGAACUGCCAUAUAUUCACUGCAACAGUAGUGUUUCGUUGGUGCAACAAAUCACAUGUGCUCAAUGUAGAUUUUGUUCAUCGGUAAAAUGAGAGUCUUUGCUUCUAACGUUGUCCGGACAAUUUAUUCGGACAUUGUGCGAUGGCCGACACGUAUUUGCAGCUUUGAAUAUUGUAGUCUUACAGGGCCUUGAUGGAGGUAUACAAUUUCAGUUGUCAUUUACAAUGUUGGCUUUUGUGGGUUGUCAGUUUAAUUCUGGGCCACUGAUUUAUCAGUUGAUUGCUUGUUGUAUAAUCCCCCACUUAAAAAAUUAUCGUAAAAUUCCGAAAACAAGCCUCGAGGCUCAUAUUUUUGAAAGGCCUUUUUGAGGGGCUUAUUUUUGGAGGGGCUUAUAUUCGGAGGAGCUUAUAUACGGAGGGAAAUUUGCGUUUCAAAACCGAUUGGGCUAGCCUUAUAGUUGGAAGGAAAUAUACCGUUUUUGCUUGUUUUUACCUUGUAUUUCAGGGCAAUUUUCCAAGAACAAGCCCCCUGGGGGCUUAUAUUUGGAGGGACGAUUUAACGGAGGGUUGUUUGCGUUACCGGUUUGGGGGGCUUAUAUUUGGAGGGGCUUAUACAUGGAGGGGCUUAUUUUCGGAAUUUUACGGUAUAGGGAGAAUGGGUACAAGAUUUGGGUGCAGUGAUUUCUGUGAUCCUCUGGAUCAACAAACGUUAGUUAUAGUUAGUCAAUGGAGACGACUAUUGACCAAUCGCAAGAAACACUCGUCCACCCAAACAAUCCCAGAAAAAUAGUUGCGCCUAAACCCUUGUGGUUUCUGGAGUGGGGAAUCGUGAGUAUCCAUAAUCACACAACCUCAUGGCGUGGAAAAAUGGCUCUGUGGUAUUUCUGGAAAAGGUCUUACAGCCCUCUAAUGAUAUACAAAGGCUUACGCAUGCGCACUGUGGCCAGUUGAAACAGGACUGACAAUUUUUUGUUUGUUUCUAUAGCAACAUGAGAGGUAUUGUCUUCAUGACGGUGGCUGCCCGCAAUCUCUUCCAUGAGGGAGGGAUUAGCACUGAAGACUUGAUCAAGGAGCCACGUGAUCAGCACGGUCUUGUGCAUGCGUUCCUGGGACACAAUAAAACAAGUGCACUGUUCGUUUAUGAUCGAUGUGGUUGGCUUGUGGAUGAGCUGCCUACUAUGUUUCCGACAACGGAUGCAGAACUUAACCAUUGGUGUGUUUUACAACUCCUUAAAAUGAAAUGUGUAGCCUAGUAUCUCGAAGUACUCAGGGUGCUACUUCGUGAUAGUUUUUGAUGCCCUGGUAUGUUCUCGCUUACGUUUUCGGAUUAGCCUUAUCCCAACCCCCCCGCCCCGCCUCCCCUUGAGGACACCCACCAUGCUUCACGGUCUCUGAAAACGUUAUCCAGUUAGACUGAAAACCGUGAUAGUGUGCUAGUCGGUUUCUACUAAUACUCAUUACCGUAUUAACGAAUUGAAGUUGUUAUUUCAUUAAGUCAGUUUUGCCAAUUUUCCUGAAUGGAAAUUGAUGAAACUUUUUGUCCUUUUUUUUCACAGGAGAGUCAUUAGAAAUGCUUACCACAAGUCCUGUGGUUGUAAACCAGCUCCAACUUCACAAAUCCCACCUCAAGUGGAUGAUAAUAACUAAACAAUAAAUUUUUAGUUUUGUUUUUUCUAAACUCAUUUAGGUUGCGUUCCUUUGGGAUGAUCCGGAUCAGGAUUUUUGAUUCAAUAUCACUUGUCCCAUCUGGACAAGGAUUCACCUCUUUUGAUGCACCAAAACUUGAUCCUAGAGACGUUUACAAUCAAUCGUCCUCCAGACCAUCUCAAAGGAACGUGUCAUACCAAGCAUAGUGGCAUAAUGUGUUGUUAAAAUGGAUUUUGAUUAUUGAAAAAGAGGGCUUUGAUAAGAAAACUAAGCAAUCUCUAAGUAGAUUUCAGUAAGCCAGAAUACUCGUUUUUUCUUGUUUUCGUGUGUACAUGCGUCGAGCACCGUCUAUUUAAUUUUCAAGACGGAGGGUUACUGGAGUCCAGAGGGCGCAAUUGGGUGACACCCGCGCCCUCAAUGUCUUGCUAGAGUGACGUCAUUCGUACCAGUCCCCCUCCGACCUGGGAUCAAAUAAACGGUAGGCUUUAUUUAGGACGUGGAAUUCUAUUGCUUUUUGAUUGUUCUUAAGACGUGGGUGACGGGAACGAAGAAGAAAGUCUAUGUUCCAGCUUGAGAAGUAUCCGUGACUGGUGAUGAACAGGCAGCAAAAAUAUUAAACUGUUUGUUUUGAUGUAGUUUGUCAUUGACUUCUGAGUGAGAUCGGUGGAGGAACUUUUAUGGCG